AACGCCACGGCCAUGGCGGAGGAGGCGAAGGUCUCCGAGGCGGCCUACAGCCUGCAGAAGAUUACCAUAACAGAUGACUCCAAAGAUGAUUAUCAGUAUGAAGAGGUUUCAGCAGAUGAUGAUCUCAGUCUUCCCGAAGAGGAUGAGGAUCUGUCCAAAGCUUUGCAGACUAUUGAAGAGCAGGCUGAAGAUACCAAAAUUAUGGAAUUUCUGUCGGUUCUGAAUUCUGAGAGAUUGAUAUCAGACCUACCUCAAUCAAUGGAUGACUUCUUCUGCAAUUUCCUGGUCAGAUUGGGAAUGUCUAGAACCCUUGACUGCUUCCAGACUGAAUGGUACGAGUUGAUAGAGAGAGGUGAGUUAACAGCUGAUGAGGCUGGGCUGGUUCCAGAUGUGUACACUCGCAACGAGCAGCUCGAGACUGAGAAUCUGAGCCUGAAGAAAGAUCUGGAAAACUACAGACAAACUGUCAAUAAAGUAGAAGAGGCUCUCCUAAAAAUGGAGAAAGAACGAGACUUCCAUCGAAUGCAUCAUAAGCGAGUGCUCCAGGAGAAAAACAGGCUGGUUUGUGACUUGAAAAGGCUGAAGACACAUUAUGCAUCCUAUGAACCAAUGCUGAAGCAGAUGUCAGAAAAAUACCAGAAUUCACUGACACAGAAAAUGUUAACCAGUUUGGAGAGAGACAAAGCAAUGGGGCAGGUUACAGGUUUGCAGGCUGCGUUAGACAGUUUAGAGUCCGGAUAUGCUAAGUACAUCUCUGAGACAAAAGACGGCUGUGAAUGUACAAAGAAGAAAGGGCUUGAAGGUCCCACCCAGAAAAGUCUUCGGGAAGCCAGGCAGAAAAAAUUCCUGGUUGUUGCAAGCUCUUCUGGUGAUGCAGAUGAAGAGGCAGAGAAGAAGCUGAGCAAGAGAGAGCUAAAGGAUUCAGAGUUCCCUGUUGAUGCUGAAGGAACCCUGUCCUUUGAGCAUGCUAAAGAACACACUCAACCCCAGAAAUCUGGACAGUAUCAGCUGAGCAGCAUUUUGAAGGUGCACGACCUCGCAGUGAGCUGCUUGGCUUUACACCCCCGGAAAAACAUCGUGCUGACGGGCGGCGAUGAUCACCUCUGGAAGACAUGGGGCUUCCCCGAUGGGAACAUCCUCCUGACAGGGGAGGGACACACGGACUGGCUCUCAGGCUGCUGCUUCAGGCCCAGUGGCACCCAGCUGGUGACAUCGAGCGGUGACACCACGGUGCGGCUCUGGGACCUGUCGAGGAGCGGCUGCAUCCUGACCCUGCGGGGCCAUUCCCGCACCGUGCGGGGCUGCUCCUGGCACUCCUGCGGCGACUUCGUGGCCUCUGCCUCCGCCGACUGCACCAGCAAAAUCUGGGAUGUGAACAGUGAGAGGUGCAGGUACACCCUGCGUGGCCACAAGGACUCAGUCAACAGCAUCGAGUUCCUGCCCUUCUCCAGCACCGUUGUCACCAGCUCUGCUGACAAGACCUUGUCUCUCUGGGAUGUCAGAAAGGGUCUCCGUGUUUACACAUUCCAGGGUCACGUGCAUUCCUGUAAUCACGCUACAUUCAACAGGAAGGGGGACAGCAUUGCUUCCUGUGACUCCUCGGGCGUGCUGAAGCUCUGGGACAUGCGGAUGCUGCUCCCCGUUCUCUCCAUCGACGCAGGUCCCCAUGCUGCCAACCAGGUGGCCUUUCAUCGCUCUGGUGACCUGGUGGCUCUGGCCAGCAGCGAGGGCUCCGUGAAGGUGCUGUCACUGGCCGUGGGCCAGCUCUCCAUCCUGCGCGGCCCCGGGGUCGAGGUGCGCUGCGUGCGCUUCCACAGCCAGGACUCCCUGCUGUCCGCGGGUGCCGAUGGCAGGGUUUGCCUCUGGAGCUGGGCACAGUGACACACGCGGCUCUCAUCGCCUUCUACAAGAGCGGUCUGACAGCAGCACUGCAGGCUUAUAGCUUCCUAGCUCGUCUUUGCGCUAUUCGGGGAAUGUUCGCCCAAACGGAGCAUUAUUUAGCGUUUCAUCCAAAUAAACCCCUCUAGUUCUCCCUCUUCCUGCUGUCACCGCGU